AAAUAAAAAAGGAAUGAAUAUAAAGGUAUUAGUCACCCACAAAACGCGGCCGAGAUAAGGUCAUCGCACGAAACAGGGGAUGGAGGAGCCAUGCACACCAAGAGGUACCAGGAGGUCAAAGUUGACCAGAUCACACUCAGAGCAGCCAGAGGAAUGGUGUUUGUCAUCAUCCCCCUAUUCAGCCCGGCGAAAACCAAAGUCACCUGGACGUAACCUCACAGCAAUUUUCACUCGUCCUGAACGCACAGAGAGAGCAUCUUCAGAAGACAGCAGAACUUUGUACAGAAGGAGAACCAUCGGCACAUUUUAUGGUGAUCGGAGAUUCGCUACUGUGCCAGAGGACGAGCACAUUUCCUUGGAAAAAUGUGUAACGGAAAAAAAGAACAACAAUAUUAGCCUUUCUCUUUUUCCUGAUUUAGAAAAUGUUGAAGAUAAUUACAUGAGCAACAGUUAUAGUGGUAUUUAUGAGCAGAGAGAUAAUUUUAAUGGUUCUUAUGAGCAGAAAGAUAAUUACAAUGGUUCUUAUGAGCAUAGAGAGAAUCACAGUGGUUCUUAUGAACAUAGGAACAAUUAUAGUGGGGUUUAUGAAAAUAGGGACAGAUUUGACUUAAUGGCUCCAGUUUCUAGGGUUGAAAGUUGUCUGAGAAGGAGAAAUGCAGUUCCUGUUGGGGAGAAAUCAGCUGUUAGCAAGCCCCCAGUACCUAAAAGUUCCUCACUAUUAUGCUCAAUACUAAUGAGAAUUGGUAAACUUUUCUUCUGGUGCUCUAUCAUUGUAUUAUUUGUUGUUUUAGCAAUUUUUAGCUUAUCUACUUUCAUACUUCACCAAAAGUCAGUGUGUGAACAAAGACAGGGUUUGAAAAUACCACUGGAUUCAUUAAAGGAAGAACUCACGUCACAUGUUAUUGGCCAGGAUAUUGCCAAAAAUGUACUUUUAGAUUCACUACAAAAAUUCCAGGAUGAUGACUCCUCAGAACCACUGAUAAUGUGGAUGGUUGGUUGGUCUGGAAGUGGCAAAACACACACUAUAAACAUUAUAAAAAACCUGUUCCCAGACCCCUCACAGGUACGCACUUUCAUACCAUCAAUUUUGAUGUUAAAUUUAAAUAAUCUGCAAAAGCAUGUCUCCAGUUUAUUUAAAAAGCUUGACUCUUGUGGCCCGAGGUUGAUUAUCAUCGAUGGCUGGGAUGAAGAUAAUGACAUUUCCAUCCAUGUUCUCCAGACUUUGGUCAAGGAGUUCAAAAAACUUUCAAAGGACAAACCCACAGGAAGGAUUAUUGUUAUUAUAACAGGCACAGAGGGAAGCAGGGAGAUCAACAGAAAGUACCUGAAGCUUCGUGUUGAGGGGAAGGACAGGGAAGAUCUCCGACUCAAUGAUUUUAUGGAAGUGACCCAGGAUAUUGUUACGUCUAGAAAACUACACGAGGAUUUCAAGAGGCUUAUUGUUGUACCUUUUAUGCCCUUAGAGAAAUUGCAAGUACAGCAGUGUGUUUUUCAAGAACUUAACAAGAUACAGGAAAAUGUAGAGGAAAAAUAUAGAAAUAGUUUGGCAAGCAAGCAGUUUUCAGUUGUAGAAGAAGUUGUAAAGCAAAUUAAUUUCAUUCCAGCUGGGCAGCCACUACUCUCUGCCACAGGGUGCAAACGUGUCCAACCUCUGCUUAGGUUACUACUAACGGAAGUAAGGUAACAGUGGAAUAUUUAUCUGAUAGGAAUUACUAUAUAUAUUUUAUUUCUAUUAUGCAUUGAUGUACUUUUUUUCCCCCCUUUUUUGGUAUCUUUGUGAUUUUUGCUGUCAAAACAAAUGAGAAUAUGUAUAAUACAUAAAAAAUUGUAGUGAGAUGCAUCAACUGUUAUAUUCUUUUGUGGGACGUUACUCAAGGAUGCAUUUGAAGAAAUGUUUUAGAACAUAUGGUCAUUGUAGGCUUAAUGGAAAAAUAGUUUGUGAUAUGAGUUUGUGUCAGUUUGCUUUGUCACAUGAUUUUGAGCAUCUCAUGCUGUUCUCGUGGCUUUUAUGUGCUGGACAGGAAUCCGCUCUCAGACAGUUUGUAAGAAAGGUACAAAUAUAAUCUAAGAAUUUCAGAAGGCAAGGUGAAAAUUUUGAUGUUCCACUUAUACAGUUAUAUCAGGAAAAAUACUUGAUCAAAACUGUAAAAUGUAAAACUAAAAGAAGUAAUCCUGCCUUGUGAGUGCUAUGCAUUUUCAUUGUGCUUAUAGAGUUAGGCCACAUGGUUUGGGAGAAAUUCCUGCUGCAGGCUUUGAAUUUCCUUAGUUCAGAAGACAAUGAAGGAAAGGUGCUAUUGAUACAUUGAGUAAGUGGAUGAGAUAUUUUAUUUUAAUUUUACCAAUAAAUGGUUACUAACUUAAGCUGUGAUAACUUAUCUGUAAGUAAUGUGUAUUUUUAUCAAAACACAUGUCUGAUUUAAAGCAUUGUAUUUUUAUAGUGGAGAAUAAUUGUUCAUGCUUUUUAGAGGGUUCAGUGAUUUGCCUCCAUACUGAAAUUUAGUAUACUCAAUAUUUUGUAUAUGUAAUAAAUUGUAAAUGGAAAUUUUAAAAA